AUGUCUUCUCAAAGAGUCAGUGGGAGAGCAAACCCAAUCUCCUUCCUGGAAGUGUCAGAGACUGAGGCUGGCCAGCAUGUCCAGGAAAUCAGCAACCAAACCAGCGUCUCUGACUUCCUGCUUCUGGGCUUCUCUGCACACCCUGAGCAGCAGCCUCUCCUGUUCGGACUCUUCCUGGGCAUGUACCUGGUCAGCGUGUUGGGGAACCUGCUCAUCAUCAUGGCCAUUGGCUCUGACCAGCACCUCCACACCCCCAUGUACUUCUUCCUGGCCAACCUGUCCUUCGUCGAGACCUGCUUCACCUGCACCAUUGUCCCCAAGGUGCUGGCGAACAUCCUGACACAGCGCCACGCCAUCUCCCACACUGGGUGCCUCGUGCAGAUGUACUUCUUCAUGGCGCUGACCCUGCUGGAUAACUUCCUGCUGGCCGUGAUGGCAUAUGACCGCUACGUGGCCAUCUGCCUUCCUCUCCACUACACCACGAUCAUGUGUCCCCAGCGCUGCCUGCUGCUGGUCGCCGCAUCCUGGCUCUGCUCCCACCUCCUGGCCUCCUCGCUCACCCUCCUCAUGUCUCAGUUCUCCUUCUGUGCCUCUCAUGCCAUCCCACACUUUUUCUGUGAUCUUCUCCCUCUCCUCAAACUUGCCUGUUCAGACACCCAGAUCUUUCAGGUCAUGAUGUUUGCUGAAGCAGCCCUCUCAGGUGUGGUCCCUCUCACCUGUGUCCUGGUCUCUUAUGCCCACAUCAUCCACACCGUCCUCAGGGUCCCCUCUGCUGGGGGGAAGCACAAGGUCUUCUCGACCUGUGGCUCUCACCUGUCAGUGGUUACUCUCUUCUACGGGACGCUCUUUCUGGUGUAUUUCCAGCCCUCAUCCACCUAUUCAGCAGAAAUAGGAAUGGGGGCAUCUGUAGUAUAUACGAUGGUCACCCCCAUGCUGAACCCCUUUAUCUACAGCCUGAGGAACAGGGACAUGAAAGGGGCCCUGUUGGGACUCUUUGACUCAGAAAGAUGCUCUACUCAGACAUACUGCAUUCCAUCCAUGGGGACUGGGUUCCAAUUAGAAAAGUAUGACUCCAUGAUAGAGCCAGACCCCGGUCAGGAUCAGGGCUAUGAGGAUGGAUCCAAGCAGCACGUCACCCCAGGGAAAACCAGGAAGGCCAUCUGGUCAUCCGAACGGUCUUAUCACUGA